AGGUACAAACUGGAUUUGAUUAACAAAAUUCCAGUUACUUCUAUCAUCUUUUGAAACGCGUACCUCAAUUAUAAAAAUCGUAAAUCAAAGAAAUUAAUAAUAUUCAUAACAACUACCUAUAAAAAAAAAUUCAUUAAAAAUUUCAAAUCGAAAUGUUAUCAAUAAAUUUUAAUCAUUAUACAUAACCCACGUUAAUUGGCGUUUUAAUUGAUAUUUAAAAAAAUUAAAUUUAUAAUAAAUUAAUCAAUUUGGUUUUUUUCGCCAAUGAAGAAAAUUUGGGAUGGCCACGAAAUUAAGCCCGCGAAAUUCCGAAGUCAGCGCUCUUGAAGAGCGUGGUUAUCUUAUUGGAAAAAAAAUUGGCCAGGGUUCGUAUGCGACCGUUCAUCUAGCAGAAUAUUUAGAUGGCAAUAGUUCAAAAAAAAUGCGCCUUGCAUGUAAAAUAUUUGAUAAGGAAAAAGCACCGCCAGAUUUUCUUGAAAAAUUUUUUCCCCGUGAGCUUGAUAUUUUAACGAAAGUUGAAAACCCGCAUAUUAUUCAAGUCCACAGUAUACUGCAACGAGGACCACGUGUAUUUAUUUUUAUGCGUUAUGCUGAUAAUGGUGAUUUAUUGGAUCACAUAAUUCGUAGCGGUGUUGUAUCUGAACAACAAGCAAAGCUUUGGUUCCGUCAAAUGGCAUCUGGAUUACAGUAUUUACAUGGAAAAAAUAUUGCACAUCGUGAUUUAAAGUGUGAAAAUAUAUUACUGUCACGUAAAUUUAAUGUCAAGUUAGCGGACUUUGGUUUUGCUCGUUUUUGCGUUGAUGAGGAUAAUAAACGUGUUCUGAGUUACACUUACUGCGGUUCUGCGGCUUAUGCGGCGCCAGAAGUUGUAUCUGGUACACCGUAUAAUCCAAAACUGGCAGACGUUUGGUCACUGGGUAUUAUAUUGUAUAUAAUGCUUAAUGGAACGAUGCCAUUCAAAGAUGACAAUAUUAAAAAGUUACUUAAAGAUCAGAUGGGGAAAAAUUGGGUCUUUCGGUCUCGUGCAUUAAAAACAUUGUCACCACUUGCUAUUAAUAUUGUCAAACGUAUUUUAGAGCCGGAUGUUACGAUAAGACUUACACUUGAUCGUGUUCUAGCACAUGAAUGGUUGAAAAGUAAAAAGGAAAAAUUGUCUUUUACUAACAGAUUCGGUCAUUCAUCGUCGAUGCAGCAUCAGGCGAAUGACGUAUCCCAAGUUCCAAAUGACUCAAUUAUGAAAACAACAAUGCAAUUAUUUAAAGAACCAGAAACAUUACCCAAAAAUAAUACCAGUAUGUCAGUUGAUCCGAAAAAAAAUUACGCCUUCAAUCCCCUAAAAAAUACAGCUAAUAAAUUGUAACAUAAAAUUGCAGAUUUACUAAUUUAAAUGAUUAAAGAAAAAAAAGUUAUUAUAUAUUUACAAAACAAUAUUUUUGAUACUCGUGUUUAAUUGGAUUAUUUAUUACAGUAUUCAAUAAAGCUUCU